CACAGAUGUAGGCACGCUGAGUGAGAGUGAUAUUGCCAACAUGGAUGACAUUGUUCAGUUGAUGGGUCCUGUCAAAAUGGCAACCACUGUGAUGUGUGAAGAAGACCAGCCAACUCUCUCUGUAAUUGCUCCUCUUCAAGCAAAACUGCUGAAACACCUACAGCCAUGCGAAGACGACUCAACCCUGGUUGCAGAGAUUAAGAGGGUGAACGCCAGUGACCUCUCCACACGCUACAGAGGCACCCAAGAUGCUCUCAACAUAGCAUCAGCGUUGGACCCGCGAUUUAAAGAACUGCCCUACCUGGAAAAAGAGGACAGAGAACAGGUCUACACAAAACUGGUUUUUGAGGCAGAAGUGUCCCACCAGAUGCAAGCAAUGGGAAAUCAGGAGGAAGACGAGGGAAGCUCAAGCACAAAGCUGUCAGGAUUCAAUGAAGAGACCACAGCUCCAAAUGAGUCACCUCCUUGUAAGAAGAAAGCCUUAGAUGCGCUGUUUGGCGAUUCCUUCACCCAAAGAGAAAGAAAAUCCACAAGCGAGACAGCCAGAGCAGAGGUGUUAAGGUACCGAGCAAAAGAUGCGUUGCCUUUGACUGAAAAUGCCAUGAAGUGGUGGAGAUCUCAGGAGAAAGAGCUACCUGUACUUUCCACCCUUGCUAAACGGUACCUGUGCAUUCGAGGCACCAGUGUGCCAGCAGAACAAGUUUUUAGUACUGCUGGCGACAUAGUGAACGCACAGAGAAGUGUUCUGCAGCCAGAUCAUGUUGAUCAGUUGAUAUUUUUGAAAAAAAAUCUGUAGUCAUUGAAGAGUAGCCUAGUAGGUUACACUUGAUCUUUUGUUGAAUAUUGUUUGUUUAUUAAAAUGAGAGUAGUAGCAGGUUCAUCCACUGCUCAUUC